GGAGAUUACUAGUGUCUUGAAGGUUCUUAUUAUUCUUUCAUUAAUCACCCUCCAAAGCUGAUCGGUCUUGUUGAAAUUCACCCUCACUGGAUGUGUGUACUGGGUCCCGAUUCAUGCUCACGAUUUGCAGGUCUUUCAUACAUUCACUCAACUUCUGUGGGUCUCCCCUUCUUUUCGGUGCACCAUACAUCCACGCCCAAGGCUUGAAUGGCAUAUGCGUGGACCAGCCCGUAAACCACACCUUACGGAAGCAGUUCAUUUACGAACUCAACUCGGAAUGGGAGGCCUUCACCCUAUACUCCACAGUGAUCUCAAAUGCCAUUAUCGUUUUCCUCGAUGACCCUAACGUCAAUCCUGUCGUCCGAAUAUCCAGCUAUCUACCCACUAUCAACAUUGUCAAUGCGAUCAUUCUAGGCUUGCUUCUCAUGUGUCAUAAUCGCACGCACUCUGCAGAGGAUGCCGUAAGCUAACUCAUGUUGGUUGGAGCAUCGAUCUGGUUUAGGUUGUUUCUAAUCUUUAUGACCUGAACAUGUUCCUCCUGAGGGUCAUCAUCUUCCCUGUUCUUGUUUUUGCCUUCCUGGUAUUGUAUUGUUUAACGCGUGUUCUGGUCGGCUGUGCAGUUGGCAUGGUAACGUGAUGUGGGCGGUGUGGGAUACGCAUCUGGAGGCUGUAUCCGAUCGGACAAAGA